UUUAGAAAUUCAGUUUUUCAAGACGAUCCAGUCUUGUACAACCAGAAGCGCACGGGCCGCGAUAGGCAAACAUUGUUCUAAUUCAGUAGUUCUGUGGUUGUUCCUUGUUGUUUGUUUUGUCUUAUAAUAAUCACUGAAAUAUUGCAAAGAUUUUUUUUAAUUAGCGUUUUUUAAGUUUGAAUUUUUUUUCGUACAACUCGUAGCAAUUGAGUUUAUAAUGAAUGCCAAAGUGUUGAGGAGGAAGAAAUCUUCGCUGUCCGGUGUCAAAGUUGCUGUGAUUGGUGCACCAGGGGUUGGAAAAACAGCCCUGUCCGUGAGGUUCCUGACGAGACGAUACAUCGGCGAGUACGAUCACAAGUCAGAUAGCCGGUAUAAACACGAAGUCCUGGUAGAUAAUGAUACUAUCUUGUAUGAAAUUUUGGAUACGUGCCCUAAAAAUGAUAAUGAAUUACCUACAAACGAAACCAUCAACUGGGCAGAUGGACUACUCCUGGUUUACUCCAUCAACGACAGGAAUUCCUUCAAUUACUUGAAGAGAAUCGGAGCAUUGAUAAAUGAUAAUGACAUUCCAGUCUAUGUCGUCGGGAAUAAAAACGAUAUAGUACAUUUGCGCGAAGUAAGCGUGGAAGAAGGCGCCAUCUUGGCUAGAAGCUUGGAAUGUGGCUUUUCUGAAGUUGCUGCUGCGGAACAGGUGGCGCCAGUGGCCGUGGUUUUUCAGGAAUUGUGCAGGGCCGUGCUUGCUUCUCGCAGGAAAUCGAAACACUCCCUUUUAGAAAGAAUGCUGGGUACACAUAGGACGUCACAUUUGAAGUUGUACGUCAGAGGCAAAAGUGACAGUGCGCUGCCAAAAGAUUGACGUUGGAGAUAUAGUUUUAUUCCGAUUUAUUCUAGUCCAAAAUUAAUUUUUAUUUGGUAUAAUAUAACAGUAUCUUUUUUGUAUAGUUUUGAAUUGAUUAUAUGGCCACAAAAAUUGGUUUAUUAUAGUUAAGUCAGUUAGGAUUUAGAAAAAUAGUAUGUAUAUUUGUAUAAAGAAAAUGAUAAUAUUAGAUUUAAGUUGAUUUGUUAGAAUAAUUGAUUACUGUAUAUGGAAAGAUUUUAUUAAAAAAAAGCAUAUUUUUA